UAUUCGGGAAACCCUAAAUUCAGGAUUCAAUAAAUUUUUGUUCGAUUCUUAGGAAGCAAAUAUUGAGAAUCACAAACUCUUCCUUCCUCGGUAAACAGAGGGCCAAAAAGGAAAAAAGGAAAAAAAAAAAAGAAAAGAUAGAAAAUGGGGAAGUACAUGAAGAAAGCAAAGAUAACAGGGGACAUAGCAGUGAUGGAAGUUUCUCAUCAGUCAACCUUGGGUUCCCGUACCAGAGCUGCUAAAACCCUAGCUUUGAAAAGACUCAAAAAAACAAACCCUUCUCCUUCACUAGCCCAAGCUCUUGGUUCAAACCCAGAUAUCUCUUCCUUCUCUUAUCUUCAGCUAAGGAGCCGCAGGCUGGAGAAGUUGCCUUCCCCUGUUUCUAAUGAAACCAAACAGAAACAACAGGGGAAAGAGAGUGGUUGUAGAGAUGAGAAGAAGAAUUGUGAGGAGAAAAGUGAAGGGUGUUUUGGGAAAAACAGGGAAAUAGUUGUAGGAGUGGGGCUUUUCUGUGAAACAGAGGAGGCUCCUUUUGGAGAGAACAAUUUGGAUUUUGAACUCAGAGACAGGAGCACUAGAGAAAGCACACCAUGUAGUUUGAUAAAGGACUCCGAAACCACUGCAACCCCUGGUUCAACCACACGGCUGAGAAGCUCCCCUUCAGCUCACCGAAGGGCAACGAAUGAUGUGCAGAGAUUAAUCCCAACAACACUCGAAAUGGAGGAAUUUUUUGCUUGUGCAGAACAACUACAACAGGAACAAUUCAUUGAGAAGGCAAGUAUAUAUAACUGAUGAGAGGACGACCACCGGCAAAUUAAUGCUGGAGCGGUGAAAAGAACAAGAUUAAAACCAAAGAAAGCGUACAAGCCAUGCCUAAUGGACUCUGCAACAGUCCGUAACACCAUGCUCCAGAAUCCAGCCAGCAAGGUACAAGUUGGAAUGACGCCUAUCCCAUAAGCAGGCUGCUUGGCUGUUCAACUAUCUCGUCUCUCAACCAAAAAACAAAACAAAUUUAUCUACAGAAUUAACCAAAAAAGCAGAGUUGACAGUUGAUAGUUUACUGUCUCGUUUUGCAUCAAACAAAAACCAGUACUGUAGGUAGGUAAUAAAUUCUCAGUGAACUGAAAGUUAAGCAUUCAGACAUGUAUUGUUUAAGAAAUCAGAGAAUUCCCACCAUCCAAUUCAUGGCAUAGAAUAGUAAUAUUCCUGUUUCUAAGAAUUAGCCAUCUUUUCUGGUUGUUUAGUAAUUGUUUCAAUUCCCAAAUCAGAUUUAGUUUUUUAGAAAAAGAGUUGACAUUUUGUGGAUUAUUUCACGGUUUUGCAGGAUCAAUAUGGGCUGUGAUGUAAGCCCUUUUCUUUUUUAUUUGGUUCUUGCUUCUCGUUUAUAAGCAAACGGUAUUUCUUUUUUCUACUCCUGGAUGACCAGAAAAGUGCUUGGCAGGCUUGCUUCCAUCUCUUGUAAAUACAAUAAAAGGACAGGUAGGAACUGGAAAGGCAAACCAAUAAUGAAGGUUCAUGUAAAUAUAUCCAUAUCAUAAUAAGUUAAUAGAGUGCCAGCAAGGAACAAAUGCUGCAACCAUUGCGAUUUACUGAUUUACAAUUCAAAUGUAUUACUUCAGAUGCAGUCCAGCACCCUUCUCUUUACAAAUUAAAAAAAAAAAAAA